AUGCAAAGGGACUUGGAUACCCUGAAGGUCAGUCUCCAGUUUGAGUCGGGGGUGGAGAAGUCGAGUGCUAUGUUGCCAUUGAUUUCUAGAGCUGCGCAUGAACAGCAGCCGAAAGUAAAGAUCGGAAAUAGACCGCACCGUCUGAUCUGCCUAAUCUGCCUAGUUACGUCAGCCAUUAUGGUGACUGUGGCCGGUCUCUCGAUCCAUGAGCAAACAUGUUCCCAGGAAUGGGUCACAAGUAAAGACCGGUGUUAUUACGUAUCCAGGUUUGAAACAUCUUUCCAAGAAGCGAAGCAAGAAUGUUCAAUCCGUUAUUCAAGGCUGCUGGAAAUAAAUUCAAGGGAUGAAGCGCUCUUUGUAUUCCACAAUCUUCCUGACAGCAACUUUGCUUACUGGAUCGAAAAAUGCGAAAACGGGAAUGUGGGACAGAGUCUCCUUUACAAAGCGUCCUCGGGAAUACGCGUCUGCAGUCAGUGCGUAAUGACUAUACUUUGUGUUCAUGAUCGGCGUUUCAUCUGCGAGAGGUCAGCAACUUUGUUCCCGGAUGUUCUUCAAAAGACCCAGGGUCUCUGCCAACAGCCAGUGGAGUCGACAUAA